AAAUGAUGCUGUCCGUGCGCCCGGUAAACGCGAGGUGGGGAGAGCGGCGUGUCCACGCGGGCUGAUGACAAUAGCGAAUAAAGAGGACGACAGAAAAAAGAAAGAACGUUUGCGAAGUCGGUCACCGGGAAGAAGGAACAUGUCUCUCAGCAGGAGCAUCGAGCUCGAGCACUUCGACGAGCGGGACAGGGCGCGGCGCUCCAAGCGCGCGGCGGGCUCGGGCUCGCAGCAGGGCUCACGGGCGAGCAGUCUGGUCCCGAGCCCCGCGCACAGCGCCAACUGCAGCUUCUACCGCACGCGCACGCUCCAGGCGCUCAGCUCCGAGAAGCGAGCCAAGAAGGUACGGUUCUACCGGAACGGAGACCGCUACUUCAAGGGUCUGGUGUACGCGGUGUCCGUCGACCGCUUCAGGUCCCUGGACGCGCUGCUGGCCGAGCUGACGCGCGCGCUCGCCGACAACCUGCACCUGCCGCAAGGUGUGCGCAACAUCUACAGCGCGGACGGCGCGAGGAGGAUCGCGAGCCUCGAGGAGAUCGUGGAAGGUGAGAGUUACGUCUGCGCCUCCAACGAACCCUACAGGAAGGUGGAGUACACCAAGAACGUCAACCCCAACUGGGGCUCGCGGCUGGCGGGGGCGGGGCCUGUCCCGGGGGCGGGGCCAGUGGGCGGAGCCGGGCGUCAGGGGCCUCAAUCGAGGGAGCCGAAAGACUUCAUCAAACCCAAACUGGUGACGGUGAUCCGGAGCGGCGUGAAGCCCAGGAAGGCCGUGAGGAUCCUGCUGAAUAAGAAAACAGCGCAUUCGUUCGAGCAGGUGCUCGCAGACAUCACCGAAGCCAUCAAACUGGACUCCGGCGUCGUGAAGAGACUCUACACACUGGACGGGAUACAGUUGACGAGUCUGCAGGAUUUCUUCGGUGAUGACGAUGUUUUCAUCGCGUGCGGUUUGGAGAAGUUUCGUUACGCUCAGGACGACGCUGCUAUCGGACACGCGGGGAAGGGAGCCGCGGCUGCGUUCGUUAACGAGUGUAAGAAGUCACGACCAUCAGUCCCUCCCAAGACUAGUGCAUACAAAACCUCCGGCGUCCCGCGCUCCAAAUCACCCGUCUCCGCCAAUGAGGUUCCGAGGAGCGACUCUCCCCCGAUGAAGUCAUCGCAGUCACCCUGCAGCCCCGGGACUCAACACAGCCGGAAGACAUCCGUUCAUGAAGCGUCUGCAUCCCCAACGCCCUCCAGAGACCUCAACGAUGAAGAAGACCUCAGUCCUGAAGUGAACAGUAAUGAAGUUCAGUCGUCCGUCAUCACUGAGAAGUAUAAAGUGGGGAAGGUGAUCGGUGAUGGAAACUUCGCUGUGGUCAGAGAGUGUGUGGAGAGGUCUACAGGACAGGAAUAUGCGCUGAAGAUCAUUGACAAGGCCAAGUGCAGCGGCAAGGAGCACCUGAUAGCCAAUGAGGUGGCGAUACUGCGAAGGGUUCAUCACCCCAGCAUCAUCAUGCUAAUAGAGGAGCUGGACAUGCCCACUGAACUGUACUUGGUGAUGGAGCUGGUGAAGGGAGGUGACCUGUUUGAUGCCAUCACUUCCUCCACAAAGUACACGGAACGGGACGCCAGCGCCAUGCUGUUCAACCUGACCGGAGCACUGCAAUACCUGCACAGAAUGAACAUCGUGCACCGAGACAUUAAACCAGAGAACCUGCUGGUGUGUGAGUAUCCUGAUGGCACUAAGUCUCUGAAGCUGGGUGAUUUUGGGCUGGCGACGGAGGUGGAGGGACCGCUGUACACCGUGUGUGGGACGCCGACGUACGUCGCCCCGGAGAUCAUCGCAGAGAGCGGGUACGGGCUGAAGGUGGACAUCUGGGCUGCGGGUGUGAUCACAUACAUCCUCCUGUGUGGCUUUCCUCCGUUCCGCAGCGAGAAGAACCUGCAGGAGGAGCUGUUCGAUCAGAUCUUACUGGGCAGACUGGAGUUUCCCUCGCCGUACUGGGACAACAUCAGCCUCUCUGCUAAGGAUUUAAUUGGGAAGAUGUUGCAAGUGAAUGUUGAUGUUCGUUACACGGCUGACGAGGUGCUGGAACAUCCCUGGGUACAGGACGAUGCUGUGAUGGACACCAACAUGGAGUGUGAGAACAAAGAUGCAGCUGAAUCAGAAAACACACACAACAGCACCGCAGCAGAGGCUGAGAUGACAGCUGGCAGUAAUCUCUCUGGAGGCGAAGAAGAAGAGAAACCCUGAUCGUGAACACAAACCUCAACACCCAGACCAGACCGGACAACCUUCUCUCUUCAUCUUUUUAUCUCAUCUUCAUUCCCUUUUAUUAGUGUUGUGUGUGCGAAGUCAGCCAUUGAUUUUACUUAGCUCUCAUAUUUC